AUGCUCUCCCGUCCCUCACUCCCCAGCCCACAAGACUACGACGUUGACCUCGGGACCGGUUUUGUCACCGCGAGCCCCGCAGAGCUGCCAGCCUAUUAUGCACCAUGGUGCAAGCUCAUUUCAGAUCUUCCCUGCCUCCUUGAAUCGACCACCUUCCAGACAAAAGUCGACGAGCUUGAGCUUCUCAGCACGAGUCACCUCAUCGCCCCGGCUCAUUGGCAACGUGCGUAUGUAGUCCUCGGCUUUCUGACUCAGGCCUAUAUCUGGCAAGACAAGACGAAGCCUUCAGAAAUUGUUCCAGCCAACCUAGGCGAACCUUUCCUCCAAGUCUGCGAGUACCUUGGUAUGAGACCCGUCUUGAGCUACGCUGGGAUCUGUCUAUGGAAUUGGACACCACUAUCUGAAGGUGGCCGCGUGGAUACAGCUCAAGCACUAAGCGACUUUCAGAGUGUCACGUCCUUCGCUUCCUUUACUGGAACACGGGACGAAGACGCGUUUAAUCUGGUUCCCGUAAUGGUUGAGGCACAAGGUGCCAAGCUCGUGCCAGCGAUGCUCAAAGCGAUACUGGACGACCGAAAGGGCGUCUCGCAAGAUCUAAGCUCGAUCUUUGACAUCUGUGCCACAACGCUCUCAAAAAUGGGAGACCUCUUGGCUGUUCUGCACAAGAACUGUGAUCCAACAUUUUUUUACCAGAGGAUACGCCCCAUGCUAGGAGGUAGUGCUGGAGCGGAGGAGCGGGGACUCCCCGACGGCGUCACCUUGAGACGCAGUAACGGGCUCCACGAGAUUGUCAAGUGCGUCGGAGGUAGCGCGGCGCAGAGCACUUUCUUCCAGUUUCUCGAUCACAUGCUGGGCAUCCGUCACGAGUCCAAGAUGCUGGUUGAGAUGAGAGCCUACAUGCCGAAGAAACACAGAGACUUUCUGGAGGCAGUCGAGCUAUUGCCUUCGCUGCGGGAUGUGAUUGACCGGCACCCAGAGGAUCCAGGUCUGCAGGCGGCCUUUCGACCAGUCAUUGAGGCAUUUCAACGCUUCAGGACAAAGCAUGUCGCCGUCGUCUCGAGAUACGUUUCCCUACCUGCUGCGGCCCAGUUGCAAGGCAAGCCCGCCAUUGAGUCAAGAGGGACCGCUGGCUCACUGCCAAUACCAUUCUUGAAGCAGUACCGAGACGAGACGACUUUCAAACCCGCACACUAA